CACCAAAACCACUUCAUAAGAAUCCAUCUUUAUCUUGUUAAAAUUAUAAUUACUUUCUCUCUCUCUCUCUCUCUCUCUCUGCAUCCACAUAUCUCAAAACCAUUAUUAAUUCCCUAUAAAAAACAGAGAAAUACAUAUCCAAAGUUUGUGAAUCAUAUUUAUUUCAUCAUUGUUUUAACUUGUUCAAGUAAAUCUAUAUAUAUUUAUAAUUUUUUUUGAAUAUUUCUGCAAAUUUUCCUCUGCUGUGAAUGGAGUUUAAUAGAAGCAGAGUAGUCAUUGAGAACAAAACCAACCCUAAACCCAUCUUGAUCUUGAUCUUGAUCUUCAUCUCCUUCUUCUUCUUCUUGUUUUUAAUGGUAUUCAUAUUGUCAUCAUUCUGUAGCAGCAUCAUGAGUUCAUAUAAUGGGGAUUCAGAUAACACUAGGAGCUGCUCAUUUGGUAAAUCUGUCCAGUACUCCAUAAUCGCAAAUUGUGAAGAUGAUCAUCAUCAAGAUCAGUUCAUGAGAUUGCCGAGAAGAGGACUGGGUGGGCCGGGAUCAUCGCCGCCACGUUGCGCCUCAAAGUGCGGCAAGUGCACGCCCUGCACUGCGGUCCAUGUGCCGGUGCCGCCGGGAACUCCGGUGACGGCCGAGUACUACCCGGAAGCAUGGAGAUGCAAAUGUGGGAACAAGCUUUACAUGCCGUGAUCAACAACCAUGAAUUUACCGAUGGGUACUACUGCCGCUACUGGUGGUGUAUGUAAUUAAGUUGGGUAUGGUAUGUGCAAAUUACCGCUAACUAUUUUCAUCUCUGUUUUGUAAAAAUAAUAUAUAGAUUUAUAGCUAAUUCUAUAUAUAUGUGUGUGUGUUUGUAAUUAUAUUAAUAUGUAAAAGAGCUAUGUGUGUGUUUAAUUAACUAUGGUGAUUAUUAUAUAUAUUAUGUGUCAAUUUUUAGAUCAUGAUUAAUAUAACUACAAACACAUAUCAUAUAUAGAAUCACACAAGCUUUUAAAUUCGUCA